AUGAAAAAAGGGCGUAAACCAUUAGAUGAAUAGAUCAAAAUCUAAAGAAAACUGGAGCAAUUAUGGAAAGGAAACUUUUUAAAUUUAAACUUCUUAGAAGAAAUUUAACUUUUAAAUAUCAAUCUCCCAUAAUCAAAGCAAAUUUUUACUAAAGAUUUCGUAUUGCAAUAUAAAAAAUAAAAAAACUACAGAUACGUCAAAAUUGUCACAUCAAAUCUUUUGAUUGAUUGUAGAACCACAAGAGCGAGAGAAUCACAAGCCCAAAAAGAAAAUGAAGUGUUGGAAAAAUAAGUUGAUGAAAACCUAUAGCAAUAAAUAUAAGAACCUGAAGUUGAGAAUAGGCCAUAAGUCUAAAAUAUUUAACUUCUUCCUGAAAAUAAUUUUAUUGAAUAAACAAAAGAACCUUCUAUCAUUGAAAUUCUACCGGAAUAAAAAUCAAAAUCUAAAGACAAUAUUCUCAAGCCCUCGAAAUUAAAUAUUAAAUCAAAUAACUAGAGUGUGAUCGAAGUAUAACCCAAUCCUGUUACAGUAAUUAAAAAAGAAAUACUAAUUAUUGAGGAUUAAAAUUAAAUUUCCAAUUCACUUUUGGAUAGCCCUUAAUCAAAAACUUAGAAUCCUAAAUAAUAAGACAAGAUACCUAAAUAUUUAUUAUUCGAGCCAAGUCCUCCGAAUUCACCUUCCUUGAGUUUUAGCAAAUCCCUCUCAUAAAGUUUUGUCAAUCACUUAAUGGAUGAAUCCUUUUUUGGAGUUGAAUAACUGAAACUGAGUGAAAGCCUCUUUGGAAAUACUCUAAGUAUCAAAUAGGAUCCUAACCCUAAUCAGUACGACUAAACAUUCGCUAUGCUUAAGGCAAAAAUAAAUGAAAUCUAGGAAUCUUAGUUUGAACAAUUAUUAAUAGCAUAUAACCAUAAUUUUUUGCAUUUACAAAAAAUCAUUUUAAAUGAUAUUAAUCAAAUUAAAUUAUUAAUAUCAAAAUAUCAAAAGAAAAAGCCUAGGAUAAUAUGA